UAUCUUACGCGUUUAAAAAAAAAAAAAAUGAAGAUAAUGUCGGAAUAUAUACCUCUAGAAAUUCAAGAAGAAAUCUUGAAAAGGCUUCCUUUGAGGCCGUUAAUCAGUUGCCGGUCUGUUUCAAAACCAUGGAAGCGUUUGAUCGACAGUCCCGAUUUCAUUAUUUCUUACGGUGUUCGUCAUCCUCAGCCCCAUGGAUUUAUUGUAAGGUAUUCGGUUACUUAUGAUCCCGAUGACGUCAGAUAUCUAAAUUUAGUUGAUAGCAAUAAUGAUGAUAGUUUUGCCAAACAACCUUUUCUUCCCCCAAUUCCCGAUCUCUUUAAGAUUUAUAAGUACGACCCGACUGUAGUCGGUAGCUGUAACGGUUUGCUGUGUUUUAUCGGACAUAACGAAUAUCCCGAUGAGGAUUCCUCUUGCGUAGAAAUGGCUCUUCUUUGGAAUCCAUCAGCUAAAAAAUCUGUUGGUGUUCAAGUGCCAUCUAUGUAUAAUAAUAAAGACUUUGAUAAUUUUGAUGUUGUUAUUGGUUUUGGGGUUUGUCCUCUGACUUGUGAUCCUACUAUUAUCAAAUGUUGUAAGAAGAAAAUUAAAAAUAUGUUUAGCAUUACCGUCCCUUGGAGAGUUCGAGUUUUCACUUUGAGCACUCGGACUUGGAGUAUUCUAUCUACCAAACGGCCCCGCAAUUCAGUUAAACUUGAAUGGCCUCAGGUUGUUAUCGAUAGGUUUAUCUAUUGGGUUGCUUCUGAUAUGCUUGUUACUAAACAUGGCCGAUCUCAAUCACCUUUUUUGAUCAUGUCAUUUGAUUUGACUACCAAAGCAUUUAAAGAGAUAAAUCUCACCGAUAGUUUAACAAACCCGAGUUGUACGAUUCAGACUAUAUCUAAGCUACAUGAGUCUCUUGUUCUACUUGAAUGCCAUCGAGAGGUUGAGGAAGUUUGUUGUUUGUGGAUGAUGAAGGAGCAAGGUGUUAAUAGAUCGUUUACAAAGCUAUACAACAUCAACGUGCCACAUGCCUCAAUAGUGACAUUACUAGGAUUUAGGCGGACCGGUGAAAUUAUACUCGCAACAAAAUCUCAACAAGGAUACGAAGCCAAACUUGAAAUGUACGAUCCUAACUCAGAAGUCAUUGAUGAUCUUCGCAUUAACGGAGACCAUGAUUCCUUCUUUAUGUGCUCUUAUAUGGACUCCCUGCUUUUGGUUGAUCAGAUAAAUGAAUUUGUAUAUUAAUCCAGUAACUAAUCUCAAAUAGAUGAUCGCAUUAAAAGCCGCGGGGUGGAUCAACCAACUAAUGUACUACACGUCUACAACACGGAGAGACAACUUGUCAUUGGUUAAGACUCAAUCAUAUCAUCUGCAUGAUGAGGCUUCACCGAUCCAUCAGAAAACCGAUGGUUGCGUUCAUGGUAUGCUUGAAAAGUCCAUGUAAGAACUAAAAACACCAUAACAAUCGAUAGAAACACUAGACCUGCCCACACGAUCUUUACGUCUCUUUUUACUGGUUUGCAAUGGUUCUCAACGAUUUCAGAGAAUGCAUCUUUCACUGUUUGACAGUUAAGGAGGCCUUCCAUUCCUGGAUAGGAAUUUAAAAGUAUUUGGAUUGAGCUUGUAUAUGCUACAGCUGUCCUGAAGUCAUUUCCUGAGAUGGGAAUCCCUCCAUUGCAGAUUCCGUCCACUGGAUCAACACAUGUGAUCAACUUCAAUAACUUCAAGAAAAAAAAAAAAAAAAAAGUGUAAGUUAUGAUAGAAAAGAAAUGAACAGAUUGUUUUAUGCAUGUUUGAGGUGGAAAUCUGGAAAUGAAGUAUUUUGACUGUCUUUUGCAUGUUCUCGAGUUGGAAAGAAAGUUGUGUGUUGUACCUCAGGAAUGUCGCCUAUUUUGAUAUUGUUUUCUGAACAGUUGUUUGGUUGGUAAUUGUACUCUGGUGGUCCAGAGAAUGGAUUGCAUACUCCAAAAGACGAUGAAUCUUGUUGUAUUCUAGAGAUAUUCGCAUUCACCUGCAACAUUUUCGAACAGUUGUUUUGUUAGAAAUUUGCAACUACUAUUGAUUUAAGUGUUGAACAUGAUUGUCCUUCAACCCAAAA